AUGUGGCUUCUGGAUGCCAGAACGAAACAGCUCGUCGAGUUCGAGGACGAGACUAAGAUCUACGGCCGAUAUGCUAUACUCUCACACGUCUGGGACGAUACUGAUGAAGAAGUUACGUUUCAAGAUAUUGAACAAGAUGCACCAGGCUACAAGCAAAAGCGAGGCUACGCGAAAAUUGAAAGCGGGUGCCGACAAGCGCUCUCCGAGAAGCUCGACUACUUCUGGAUAGACACAUGCUGCAUCAACAAAUUGUCCAGCGCUACGCUUUCCGAGGCCAUUAAUUCCAUGUAUCGAUAUUACUAUGAGGCCAAAGUUUGUUAUGCAUAUCUCUACGACUUUCCGCACAGGGCAUUGAAAGACUCGAAAUGGUUCACAAGAGGCUGGACUUUGCAGGAACUCAUCGCACCGGGUUUCGUUGAGUUCUACGAUGAGUCGUGGAAGCUAAUUGGUACAAAACUCGACAUGCUACACGAACUUGCCGAUAUCACGAAGAUCGAUGUCAAAGUCCUACGCGAUCGAAACACUCUACAGUCGACCAGUGUGGCAGCUCGUCUCGCAUGGGCAGCCGAACGCAAGACCGCCAAAAUCGAAGACGAGGCCUACUCUCUCAUGGGUCUCUUCGACGUCAACAUGCCCAUGAUCUACGGCGAGGGCAACAAAGCAUUCGCGCGUCUACAAGAAGAAAUCAUCAAAACGUACGAAGAUCCUUCGAUUCUCGCCUGGCAAGCCUGGAAGGAAGAACAAGCCAGUAUGCUACUGUCCCCGUCAGCCAAAGGGUUCCGUAACGCGCACAACAUCCUCAGUUGGUCCUACGAUUGGCUCGAUGACUCUUUCGCAUUGCAGAACAAGGGUCUGCGCAUCUACCUGCCAGUGGUAGAAGAUAACUCCGAUCCGAUGCGCAUCACCGCGAUCCUCAACUGUCGGUAUCAAGACGAAUCUACCAAGCAAAUAGCGCUUCUCCUCAAGAAACAUCCUCCUGGCCUGGUCGUUCCAAGGAGAGAGCUCAAAAGCACAGUUUGCGAAAUGGCGCCAAAGAAUAACAGCAAAGGUGCCUUCACAUCUCUCAAGAACCUCGAUCGCAAAUUCUUGCCUUCAGCUAAGUGGCAGAGUCUGAUGAUUCUCAAAUCGCCCUCAAAUCCAGAGAACAUUGCACCCGUCUCAAUUUGGGAACAGAAGAUCAGGAUUCAAAAUUCAGUGCGUCAAUUGAAGCUUACAAAUGUAUACCCAAAAGAGGCAUACGAUCCUCAAGACGAUAGCGUCACGUUGGUCAUCACUGGAUCUGAAGAGACUGAUCGCGGGUAUAUGACCUUUGACGAGAGCGAUGGGCGAAAGAAGUACAGCAUCGCAUUCGCUCAGGAGAUGAACUCAGGACGAACAGAGCCUCGCAUCUGGUUGACCAAGCAUAGUGCGCCACUCGACAGUGCUACUAUAUUCAAGGAGCUGAGCAAAGAGCAACCACAGCGAAGCGCCAGAGUCGAGUUCAAAAAGGGAUUAUGGGAGCUCGUGGUUGAAGUGGAAAGGCGGUCCUCAACAACUGGAGAGCUCGAAUUCGUGAUCAAAAUGUCAUUGGAGCACUAUUCGCUCUCUUUUAGGAAAUUUAAUCACCUCAUGCAUAGCAAUAAGGCACGCUGA